CAAAUGCUAUUGUUACUAUCCCAAUAGCGCGGAAAUGUUCCGGUGUCGGAAAAGUGACCCCACCAUCUGAUAAGAUUUUGUCGAGUGGGGUGGGCCCGCCAGUGAACAUUCGCUUUACCUUCACUACAGCGCUGCGUUUCUCCCUUUCUCUCUCAUAUCUUCACUUUGCUACGCAUUUUUUGCUUCCACAACCUUCUUGAAACCGUUACGGCAGACACAAUGGCCCAUCCAGGCAUCGCACACAAGUACUCCAAUCGCCUCGUCGCAUUCGAGCAUGGAUCCUCUUCGAAAGCUUCCUCCAACGACGCGCCAAAUACACUCCUCUAUGUUGGCGGUCUAGCAGGUGGCCUACUCACCGUACCGUAUCCCGCCGCCAUCGCUGCGUCCCUGCCCUCAUCCUGGGUCAUCGUAGAGGUCCUCCUCUCGUCUUCAUACAAAGGAUGGGGCACUGGGAGUCUGGCUCGUGACGCACGAGAGUUGGGCGAAUGUGUCGAAUACUUCAAUACCCUGCGACCGGGCAAGAAGGUCGUAGUGCUAGGGCACUCGACGGGAUGUCAGGACAUCAUGGAGUAUGUGAUUGGCAAGGACAGCAGCAAGCGCCCUGGACUAGCUGGAGUCAUUCUCCAAGGCGGAGUCUCAGAUCGGGAGGCGUGGGCAGAUAUGCUGCAAGAAGGCGAAGAGAAUGACGUAUACGACGCCAUUGUCAAGAAUGCAAAAGAGAUGAUUGACCAAGGGAAAGGAAAAGAGGUCAUGGAGGCCCAUAUGGUUUCAAAGGAACUCGGUGCGCCCAUGACGGCGUAUCGCACGUACUCGCUCCUCGCGCCCGGCGGAGACGACGAUUACUUCUCCUCCGAUCUAUCAGACGAGCACUUCGCGAAGACUUUCGGCGCGAUACCGAAGAGCACACCCGUGUGCUUCUUGCUUGGAGGCGAGGAUCCAUUUGUUCCUGCAUCGGUCGAUAAAGCUGAGCUUUUGCAACGCUGGACAAGGAUUAUUCGCGAGGGUGGCGGAGUCGUCGACGAUAAAGAUGGAGGUGUGAUUCCAGGCGGUCACCACGCCUUUGACACUGAUCCGGAAGAAGUGGUGCAAGACUUGGUGAAGAGGGUGUGUGGAUUCGUGACGAGUGUCGAGAAGGGAAGCGCGGGAUCACCAUUAUGACUUCGCUUUUCUACUUUGCUUGGCCAUUCUCUCCUGCUUCUAUGUUGCCCUGUUAUGAGAUUAGAUACACGCCCACAACAAGCUCCAUCGGAAAAGAAUUCGUCUCAAAGGGGUAGAUGGGCAGGUAGGCUUCCACAGCC